GGGAGGAAGACUCAGGAGUUGUUCCCUCUUCUCUGAGGUAGAAAAAAAAAAGGAAUCAUGGGGGUUGCACUGGUCGUUAAAACUGUGAUGAUAGUUUUAGUGGUGGCAAACUGCGGAGCUGUGCCCACUGCUUCGACCAGCCAAGAAGAGGUCUCUAAAGCCCAGGACUACCUGUCUCGGUUUUUCUCUGAUGUGGGUGUCAGUGCCCCCAACAGCCACUGGCGCAGCUCUCUGGACUCCUAUGACGAAACUCUCAGGAAAAUGCAGGAGUAUUUUGGCCUGGAGGUGACCGGCCAGUUAGACUCCAACACCUUGGAGGUGAUGGCUCAACCCCGCUGCGGUGUCCCAGACGUGAGCAGAUACGGUCAUUUUGCUGGUCGUCCAAAGUGGGAGAAGAAUGUGGUCACGUACAGGAUAAAUAACUACACACCCGACUUGAGUACGAGUGUUGUGGAUGCCGCUAUAGCCCAGGCUCUGAAACUCUACAGUGACGUAAUCCCUCUGGAUUUCAAGCGGAUCUACUACGGCACCGCUGACAUUAUGAUUAUGUUCAGCAGACAAGCCCAUGGAGAUUUUGCUCCAUUCGAUGGGGAAAAUGGGGUCUUGGCCCAUGCGUUCUCCCCCGGAGAAGGCCACGGAGGUGACACCCAUUUUGACGAAGACGAGACCUGGACUCUGACCUCAGCAGGAGCCAACCUCUUCUUGGUGGCAGCCCAUGAGUUUGGCCAUGCACUGGGAUUAGACCACUCCAAGGUCAAGACAGCCCUGAUGUUCCCCACCUACAAAUAUGUUCCCACAGUGGGGUAUAAGUUGCCAGAUGAUGACAGACAGGGAGUGCAGGCUCUUUACGGAGUCCGUGGAGGGCCACCUCAACCCGAUCCAGAUCCACAGCCUAAACCGGAGCCAAAUCCACAACCCACACCUGAACCCACGCCAGAACCCACGCCAGAACCUUUUCCAGACAGGUGCAACAGGAACCUGAUUUUUGAUGCUGCCACGACCAUCCAGAGGAAUCUUUACUUCUUCAAAGAUGGUUAUUUCUGGAAGAGGAGCAGCUCCUGGGACGGCAUCACUACCAAGUCAGUUCGGUCUGUUUGGCCGGGAAUCAGCAAGAUUGACGCUGCUUAUGAGUACAAGAGAAGCGACACUGCCAUUUUCUUUGAAGGGGAUCAUUACUGGGGGAUCAGAGGGAACACGGUGCUGCCCGGUUAUCCCAAACCUCUCAGCGACUUUGGCUUGCCUUCAUCCGUCACCAAGGUCGACGCUGCUGUCUAUGUGGCAUUCAUAGGCAGAACCCUGAUCUUUGUGAGGAACAAGUACUGGAGCUACAACGAAAGGAGGGGCAGAAUGGACGGGGGGUUCCCCAAAUUCAUUCACCGAGAGCUCCCUGGGAUUGGCUACAGAGUGGACGCUGCCUUCGCGAACCGAGGUUACCUUUACUUCACCUAUGGAUCCAGGCAGACAGAGUACCACUACCAGCGUAGAAAAGUGAGGCGCACUCUGCUGAACUACGCGUGGAUGGAUUGCAAAUGAGGAAGAAAUGACCCGCACAAGCACGUGCACACAACUCUGAGCACACAGUAAUAGCAGCGGUGUGUUCUAAUAACUAUUCCUGUUGUUCUGUGGGGGCUUUUUUCUGUAGACUUCUGCAUAGAAAUGUACUAUUUGAAAAAGAAAUGCAUGAUAAUCGUGUAGGAGACAACUGUUGUCAAUGUUUUUUCUUGCACGCUUCAAUAAAUCAUGUUUUCAUAAAAAUUAAGUAAAAAAUAAUUUAGUCUUAAUGCUUUCUUCGUCAUGCCUGUGUUUGCACAUAAGAAUGCACUUGAAUACAUGUUGUACACGAUGACUUCAGGCGAGGUGUUGUGAAAAAGAGCACUUUAGGAGGUAGGAACUAACAAUAGAGAGGAUGUCUUGUUCAUUCUCUUCAUACAGUGGGGAUGCUCACAUCUGUAGCCAUUGCGCUGCCUUCAAAACAUAUUAAGGAAAAGACGUGACCUCUCACUUUGAUGUGGUGGACAAAUGUGGAAUGUAGGAAAGCAGUGUACGCAGUUAAUUAAAUUUGUGGGAGCAUAUUUCGAUUUUUUCACAACAACAGGAACUGUCAUUGAGGUAAAAUGCAUCAUACCAGACCCAGCCAAACUGAUCUACCACAGACUUGCACUACCAGCAGUUACAGGCCACCAGUUUCAAGCCUGUAAUUUUAUUUUUUCUAGAAUUCUGCAUAGAAAUACAUUAUUUGAAAAAAAUAAAAAAAUAAAGA